AUGGAAACCUCACCAAAUGUUUCUAAAUGUGAUGAGGACGUCGUCCAAUCAGAAUGCCUGAUUCCAGGGGAGGCAGGGCUUGCAGAUGUCCCCGCCAACACAAAUUCCAAGGCCAACUGGGGGGCGGAACCUAACUUUAACCUCAACCUCAAUCUGGCUUCACCAAGAAACCCUCACUCAGCCACAGAGACCUCAAAGCUGCAUGGAGGUAACAAAAAGCACAAUGGGAAUAAAGGAGGUGGGAAACCUGGAUCAAAAGGGGCAGUUAGUAUGGAAACUGACAAGUCAGCAAGCACCCUGACAACCAGUGUGGAGAGAGAUGAUCCAUCGAAACAAAAAAGCAAAAUUCCAGCUUUGUCUCGCUCACCAACAGCUGAGGCGUUUGUGAACAGCAGAGGGUCCAAGGAGAAUCUUGAUAAUAAAAAUUCAAGAGUUUGUUCUGGAUCCAAAACCAGUUCAAAAUCCAGUUCAAAUCCUGAAGCCAUGACAGCGACCAAGGACAGGCUGGAUUCUAAAACUGGCUCUGAUUCCAAAGCCGGUCACAAAUGUAAAACCCCAAUGGGGUCCAAAGAUAGCCUGGAUACUAAAAGUGGUUCUGCUUCCAAAAGCAGUUGGGGAUCAAAGGACAGCUUGGACUCUAAAACUGGGACAAAUUCCAAAGCCAGUCCCAAUGGUAAGUCAGGAAUGGGUUCCAGAGAUAGCCUUGAUUCUAAACCUUCAAUUGAACUUAAUGCAAGCAAAACCGGCCUAGGUUCAAAGACAGUUGUGUGGUCAAAGGACGACCUGAAUCCUAAAGCCAGUUUGGAUCUAAAAACUAGUCCAAGUUCUACACCAGGAUCUAAUUCUGAUGUCUUUUUGAGUUGUAAACCCAGUCCGACAUGUAUGACUCCUAAACCUUCUCUGGCGGCCUCUGGUUCUAAGAUGGACCUUGUUGUCUCCUCGUCAUCCUCAAGAACUGGUCUGUCUGGGUACAAAGACAACAACCUCAAGGCUGCAAGCUCCAGUGCUAAACCCAGUCCAGAUCUUAAAACUGGUUCAGAUUCUUCAAAGCCUGGACCAGUUCGGUCUAGCUCAAAAUCAGCUCUGGCAGAUUUGUCUUCGUCCUUGAAGCUCUCUCUUAGACCUGCAAGUAGGAGUCCUGUGUCUGGUCUUGGCAAAGGUCUUGGUUCUUCUUUGGCUGGGCCAAACAGGGAGGUCCAGAAGAGUCCUGGUUCUGCUACAGGCCCACUGGUUCCUCUGGCCACCUCCAGCCCCAAAACCAGAACUACUGUUGCAGUUGGAUCUGUAGCAGUGGAAACGAACCCCAGCAGCACACCCCAUGAAACUAGUCUAACUCAGGGUCUCACCUUUGAUUCUAUCACUAAGACUUCAGUGAAAACAGGCGGUGCCCACAAGGAAGAGCAUUUGAAACCUCCGGAGACCAAAGUGACAGCUGUACAAGAACCGGUGGUAUCCAAGGGGGCUGUGCAAGGGGUAGGUGUGACUGACAACGCUGGGCGGUCACCUGGCACACCACUGAGCAAACCAAGUCACCUGGGAGAUGCAAAUGCCAUCACUGCUGGUAGCGACAUCCCAUUGUCAAGGGCAACGGGUGUGGAGAGUAAGAAGGAAGAGAAGAAGAAGCUGGGAAAACAGAAAAAUGGUCUAGGGAGUUCUUCUCUCUCUCCCUCAUCUCCUCUCCAUCAUCUUCCUCAGCCUUCCACUCAUCCUGCGAAUUCCAAGACUGUAAGGGAGACAGCAACCAUGACCGACCACAGUGAGAGGCUCCAUCUGCGGGAAGGGGAACGGAGGGAGGUGGGAAUUCAAGUGGAGGUGGAUGUGGUCGAACGCUCGGCUUCCAGCAGCUCCAGCCUCAUUGGCUCUCCCAGCUUUCAGUCAGGUACUUCGACAUCGCCAACGGUCCCAUCACUGCGCUGUGUCCCUGCUGGCCAGCCGCCUUUACAGCAUAUCUGCAAGAUCGACAUCGAGUUGCGCAGCCAGUCAGGGCAUCCCUCUGUUGUGACUGACAGGGCUAGUUCCCUCCCUGCCUGUCUGCGUACUUACAGCUUCCAGCAGAGCUCUGCUCUAAUGUCAGAGUUACAACUCGGACAAAACCAAGACAAAGACGUAACUGGUGAAAGCAUCUGGGAGGACGAGGAGGGGAAAGGGGAUGACAAAGGAACAAGGGACCAAAACGAGGAGGAAGAGGAAGGGGAGGAGAUAGUGAAGCCACAGGAGGUGGCGUGGGACAAACAGGGGAUGACAUGGGAGGUGUACGGUGCCUCCGUGGACCUGGAGUGCCUGGGUACAGCGAUCCAGUCCCACCUGGAGUCAAAGAUUCGGGAGCAGGAGAAACACAUUACUACUCUGAGGAAGUCCAUCUGCUCCAACAGCAGUCUCAGAGGGUAUAAGAUGAAGAGGAAGAAGAGGAGAGGAGGGAUUCUGGGAUGCUGCAGGAAGACGCCCGCUGUGGCAGACUAG